AAAGACAACUGAAAUUUGGAAAAGUGGAACCUAUAAAACGAUGGAUGAAGCAGAAUUUGUCGAGGAGCAGAAUUUCUUCAUCCAUCUUCUUCUAUUUAUAGGUUUUCUCGCGGAGCAGAAAUUUGUUUAUUGCGUUGAUUGUUUUGGUAAUCCGUGCUUCUUCAAAAAGGCACCAAAGAAGGAGAAAGCUCCACGACCAUCUUCAAAUCCAGCUAAAUCUGGUAGUGGAUUUCAGUUGGUUAGGUGGCUGCGAGAUCGGAAUGGGGAUGUAGUUGGAGAAGAGUUGGUGUUAUCGUUAAGCUGUUGCAACAAUCUAAUGGAAGCCUUUAAUGUAGUUUUGUGUGUGAGAUGCGGCUAAGGCAUUCAAAGCUUAUGUCAACUUCAGCACAACUAGAAUUCUUUCCUUGCUCGAUUAGGCAAACAAGGAAAAGCAGUGCCUGGAAGCUAAUGAUGGAGGAUAUGUGGAUGA